UUGGAGGCCAAUCGGAUCACUGAACUCAAGACCGCUUCCGAUGUCUUUGACUUUCCUGAGAGUAGACAUAAGAUUGUAGUAAAGGAUAGACAAGAAUUGAUUCGUAUAUGGAUUCAAAGGACUGAAUAUAGUGUCCGAAAUGCUAUUACUUUCACCAAAAGACUGGAGUGUUUUUCAUCAAAUAUCUGUCCGGAUGACCAGUUAGAGCUAUUCAAGUACGGGUGCCUUGAGAUCCUGUUUCUCAGGAGUUUGCCCAACUUAGAUCCAUAUACAGGGAUAUCCAAAUUAUUGCCCGAAUGGGAUCGGGAUCAAUAUUUACUAAUUAAAUGUGGAUCUGAAUCGCCAUCAAGACUCCAGAAACUGAUGAUUAUAUUGAGAGAUAUAGAAAUAAUUGGAGAAAUUCACGUGAAGUACGUACAAAAAUAUUAUACUAAUCGUAAGUACCCAUUAGAGUACCCAGCGAAUAUGAAAGUAGAAAUUUUGGUGCCAUUACUUGUCAAUCGUGUAAAGCGUUUUUCCGAAGACAUGCAUACAAUGCAAAGUCAAUGACAUGUAUAGCGAAUGGAAAAUGUAAUAUAGAUUCUGUAACAAGGAAUAUAUGUAAAAGAUGUAGAAUUGAUAAAUGCUUUGCUGUAGGAAUGAAAAAGGAAAUUAUAAGGAAGAAAGUUAUCAAAAACAUUGAUAAUAAUAAUCAAUGCAGUAGAUCUCCAAAUACAACAUUAUCUAGUGAUAAUCAAGAUGACUUUGACAAGUUACUUGAUGAUUUUAUGAAUGCUGAAUAUGAAAGUAGCACCGCAUCUAGUGAUGAAGAUUUAAAUAAGCAAUAUAUUACGGACACUGAAACAUAUGAUACAAAUGAUGACACAAUCAACUCAUCAUUUUCAUAUGAUCUUGAUAUUACUGCCGAAG